AUGAGUGACGCGAAGUCUUUUCAAGUCGCGGAAAUAUUCGCAAUCUCGAAGGUUGGGGAGGGGGACUAUAUAUUUGAAGAUGUUCCGCAGGCAAGGGCAGAUGCCCCAGCAUUUCUGGGGAAGGAAAAUAUUGAUUACGACAACGAUGUUAUAAAGGUCAAAGGCUGGAUUGAUACAGAGACAUUUGACUACUAUUUCACCGUUUGGGUUGUUGGUAAAAAUGCUGGAACCUGGCAGGGCAAACUUGACAUAGCAUUGAAAUUUGGUUUCUCUGCUGGACAGUUGAAAGGAUCCGUCACAUUUUACGUAAAGGAUGGACAUCAAUUGAGAGUUGCCGUUGAUCUGAAAAUCAAGUUUGACGGAAGCAUCAAGAAUGAUUGGCUGAUCAUCAAGUGGUGA